AUGUUGAAUAAUAUAUAUGACUCGCCAUUUCCAAAGAUAAAUCCAAAGGUCCGUUAUAGAACGGCCUUGGAGAGGGCAGGUUUUGAAGUGAACGUGAGUGCAGGUGCUACUGAUUCUCAGGGAUCCGCCAGCAGACAAGUUACUGGCCAGGGCUUGGCCGCGAUGAGUUACGAUGGUCAGAAUCCUAGUUCCACCUUCAUAUCUACGCAAUCGCACGUAUCGACCGAUCAUUCCCCGGCUCAGCAAGGUUCUAACAGUACGCCAGAGCAUAUGCUACAUCAACCUCCUCGAGUGAAGAUCACUGCCCCUUCGAAUUUGUCCCAUCUUCGCGAAGACUUUCGUAGUACUCAUACUGAAGAGCUUUACCAUUAUCGUAAUGAGAGUCCCAAUCCAUCUCUAGUCAAUGAACCACUAGGCUUAAAUCAAGACAGCGAUUCUUUUGAUUUCGAAAAGGCACAGAAUUACAAUUAUAGUGAAGGUCUGCAUCCAAUUGAGAAGAGUUUCCAAAUGCUAACACAAUCAGAUACGGAUCUAAACGAGCAAUACAGUAAUCAUGAUGAACCACAUGAAAGGUACACAUCAACCAUUGAAAGUCUGAAUUUUGAGGCAGAUCCUAGACUACAGAUAGGAUUGGCGCCUUCCGAAGCAAUUGCACCAUUAGAACAAACGACGCAUAUUCCAGUAGGAAACAAUCCAGUUGCAGAUGUAUUACCUUUAGCACUUCCAGUACGUAAUGACGCGAAUGAAGGAACAGCACGAACAGAUGCGUAUGGUGUGUCCCCUAUGGAACCCAGAAUGGAGAGAAGCGCAAAGAACAGUACCUUAUUUCAAGUGGAAAAGCAAGAGGGUAACGAGACCUCUACCAACUUCCAUUUAGAGCAGCUUAUUGCUCAAUUAGAUGAUGUUUCGCUCACAAGGAACGAGAAACUGACAGUCCCAAAUACCACACCUCAACACACUUCUAUGGAUGAUCAGUAUGGAAGUGGCAACAAUGCAUCGUCACAUGCAAAUCUACAACCAUCAUCCGUAGAUAAUCAUCAUUUCAAGAAAUCAAGUGCAUACUUAUCAGGAUAUCCCUCCACGAAUUGGAGUGGUAGCAAAACAAUUCCCCAAGUCAUUAAUCAUCCCGGCCAUAUUGAAUCUUUUGUAUCAGCAGCAAGUGAUAGCACACCAAUAAUGUAUAAGUUUAAAGAUAUUCCGUCUAGCGCCAGUGAUUUUGCCACGGCAAAUCAAGAGAACUUGCCAGAAUUAUAUCCAACUCUUAAGCCUCAUCAAGAGGUUCCCGAUGAAAAUUCAUUAAAUGCUUCGACUAAAGAAAAUCAAGAACUUUCACAACUGAAGGAAAGUGAAAUAGUGCAAGAAAAACAAGAACGCACAGAGAAGUAUCCACCUGGUGAAGGCCCAUGCAGAUUAUGUGGUCUUGAAGUAACCGGUAGAAGACUUUUCUCUAAGAAGGCAGGUGAACUAUCGGGACAAUGGCAUCGUGAUUGUUUCCGUUGCAUUAAAUGUCGCACAAAAUUCAAUAAGGCGACACCAUGCUACAUACUAGACGAUAAGCCAUACUGUCAGCAACACUACCAUGAAGAAAAUAAUAGCAUUUGCGGUAUAUGUUCCAAGUUUAUCGAGGGAGAAUGUUUGGAAAAUGAUAACCAUGAAAGAUUUCACGUCAAUUGUUUGACAUGUUUCCGCUGCAGAAAGCCAAUUACGAAUGAUUACUUUAUCUUUAAUGGCGAGAUCGCUUUAUGCAGCAAUCAUGACAUCGAAUCAUUAUUGAAAACGGGUCUAAGUGUCUCUACCGAUGAAGAAAGUAAAAAAGAAACUAAUAAUACCAUUUCCAGAAGAAGGACGAGAUUGAUCAGUUUCGGAAUGAGUUAUUAG